UUGCAUCUCUCUCUCUCUCUCUCGCUGUCCCAUCCAAUCCCAACCCUUGUGGCGGGCACCCAUAUAUUGGCCUGGCCCUCUUCUGCUCAGCUCAUCACAAUUUUCAUCGUUAUUAUUCUUUUUUUUUUUUUUGCCCAGGAACUCCCUUUUACAUAUUUCUACACAAAACCCACAACAGAAGACAUGAUUAGACUAUUUAAAGUAAAGGAGAAGCAGAGAGAACUUGCUGAAAAUGCCAACGGAGGGGCACCUGUUAAGAAGCAGUCCGCUGGGGAGUUGCGUCUUCAUAAAGAUAUAACUGAACUGAACCUACCGAAAUCAUGUGCCAUUUCUUUCCCAAGUGGCAAGGAUGACCUGAUGAAUUUUGAGGUUACAAUUCGACCUGAUGAAGGAUAUUAUCUAGGUGGCACAUUUUUGUUCUCUUUCCAUGUUUCGCCUGUUUAUCCACACGAAGCACCAAAAGUCAAGUGUAAGACCAAGCAGGUCUACCAUCCUAAUAUUGACUUGGAAGGGAAUGUAUGUCUGAACAUCUUGAGAGAAGAUUGGAAACCUGUUCUCAAUAUAAACACUAUAAUCUACGGAUUGUAUCAUCUUUUCACGGAGCCAAACUACGAGGAUCCCCUGAAUCACGAUGCAGCCGCAGUGUUGAGAGACAACCCAAAGAUGUUUGAAUCGAAUGUGAGAAGGGCUAUGGCUGGUGGGUAUGUGGGGCAAACCUCCUUCCCACGCUGUAUGUAGCUUUUGUUUGGUAAUCAAAGGCCAAAUGGUUAUAAUAUAUUGGACGCUUCAAUGGAUGUUGGUUGUAAAAUUUUACAUGCAAAGUACAUUUUCAUCCCAUCUUUUUUUUUCCCUUUAUUUUUUUUCCUUUCUUAUUCGUGAAUGGAGCUUGCCAUUUAUUUCCAUUAGACUUAUCAACUGAAACCUAGAUGGAAUUGUGUAUGUGAACAAACUACGUUUUUAUUGACAUUUCAUAAGUUUACUAUGUAUGCCUUCUCUUCUUUAA